AUGGCAGACUCGGCGGAGGAACCAUUAAUGCGCAAUGCAUCCGCUGAAAUUGCAGAGGAAAGCCCGGACAUGGACCGAGACGAUGUAUCGCUGUUGCUCGAGAAGAAUUUGAAGAAACCUGGCAUCUUUGUAUGGCUCUUGACGUUUUCUGCCGGUAUAAGCGGCUUGUUGUUUGGCUACGACACAGGUGUUAUCUCCGCCACGCUGGUUUCGAUUCAGAGUUCCCUCGGACAUCCCCUGAGUACGCUCGAUAUGUCCCUCAUUACAUCUGCUACCGCGUUUUUUGCACUGCUAGUAUCGCCGCUAUCAGGUGUACUCGCGGAUCGGCUGGGGAGGAAACGAGUAGUACUUUUGGCCGAUUUAGCUUUCAUUCUUGGGGCUGUUCUUCAAGCAGCAGCAUCUACGGUACCUGUAAUGGUCGGAGGUCGAUCUGUAGUGGGAAUAGCAGUUGGAGCUGGAAGCUUUGCGGCACCUCUAUACAUUUCGGAGCUCUCACCGGCACCAUUCCGAGGUCGAUUGAUGACAUUGAAUGUUCUGUUCGUUACACUUGGUCAGGUGGUGGCUUAUAUAAUAGGGUGGCUCUUCGUACAGUGGGGGAACGAGGACACAGCUUGGAGGUGGAUUGUUGGUCUCGGAGCAGUGCCUGCAGGAGUUCAAAUGCUUACAAUGGCUAUUAUGCCAGAGACUCCAAGAUGGCUUGUCAUGAUGAACAAACACGACGAAGCAAGGCAGGUACUAAACAAGGUAUUUGGCUCUGGCAUCGAGAUACAACAUAUGGCCGAACAUGUCCUAAAGGGAAUCGAGGGAGAAGUCCGAGAGGAAGAGGAGGCCAAGAAAGGGAGGCAGAAAGGUCAAACAAAGAAGGAGCGCAACUCCUGGCUUGCUGCUGCGAAAGACAAUUGGGGAGAGCUAUUUCGAAACUCCCUGAUGUACUUCUCAGCCACCAUCUUCACGAUUCUGUCUUUCGAAAACCCGACAUUAACAUCCCUUGUCGUUGCUGUGACAAAUUUCAUCAUGACCUGCGCAGCUCUAUUCCUCAUUGAUCGAAUUGGGAGACGACGGAUACUCCUCUCGUCGAUUCCAAUCAUGGCUGUCGGCCUACUUCUCUGUGCUUUGGGUUUCCUGUUUAUUCGACUCCCAUCGAACUUCCUAUCUACAGACCCUACCGUGUAUACAGUAGCCUACGAAGAGAUUCCUCUCUCCGAACGAACGGCUUCCGUACUGGUCCUUACCAGCAUUAUGCUGUACGUAGGAGCGUAUGCUCUAGGUCUGGGCAAUGUUCCUUGGAUGCAGAGCGAACUUUUCCCCUUGAAUGUCCGCUCUCUUGGUUCUGGCAUCAGCACGAGUACCAAUUGGGGUGCCAAUUUUAUUGUUGGGCUGACCUUCUUGCCAAUGAUGGCAUUCUUAACACCCCCAUGGACAUUUGUUAUAUACUCAGUUGUUUGUAUUGCAGGUUGGAUUUGCAUACUGUGCAUAUAUCCAGAAACGAAAGGGCUGAGUCUGGAAGAAACAAGCGCGUUACUGGCAGAAGGUUGGGGAGUAAAGGAGAGCUUGAGGAGAGUACAACAGGAACAUCGAGCAUGA